UCGGUCACCGACACAACUGCUCUGCUAAUAAAUAAGCACAAAGCAUUUCCCUUUGUUCAUCUCCAACAUGGAUGCUUUUCAGGGGAUUUUAAAAUUCUUCCUUAACCAGAAAACUGCUAUUGGCUACAGUUUCCUGGCUCUGCUGACCGUGGGAAGUGAGCGUCUGUUUUCACUUGUGGCUUUUAAGUGUCCCUGCAGCACUGAGAAUAUGGUCUAUGGGCUGGUUUUCCUUUUUGCUCCUGCCUGGGUGUUACUGAUCCUGGGAUUCUUUCUAAACAACAGGUCCUGGAGACUCUUCACAGGGUGCUGUUUGAAUCCCAGGAAGAUCUUCCCCAGAGGCCAUAGCUGUCGCUUCUUCUACGUCCUCGGCAAGAUCACUCUGAGUUCAUUGGUGGCUCCCACAAUGUGGCUUUCCGUGGCUUUGCUCAAUGGAACGUUCUACGAAUGUGCCGUGAGCGGGACGAAGAGCUCAAGACUCCUAGGACUGAUUUGCAAGGGUAAGCCCCCGGAGUGCUGGGAAGAACUCCACAAAGUAUCUUGUGGCAAAACCAGCAUGACCCCCGCGGACAAUGAAGAGCUGAAACUGUCCCUGCAGGCCCAGUCUCAGAUUCUAGGAUGGUGCCUGAUUUGCUCAGCAUCUUUCCUCUCUCUGCUCACCAUUUGUUAUGCUCGCUGCCGAUCUAAAGUCAGCUACCUUCAGCGGAGUUUUUGGAAGACGUAUGCACAAAAGGAGAAGGAGCAUUUGGAAAAUACAUUCCUGGACUAUGCCAACAAACUGAGUGAGAGAAACCUGAAAUGCUUUUUUGAAAACAAGAGGCCAGAUAUCUUCCCCAUGCCCACUUUUGCUGCCUGGGAGGCUGCUUCCGAGAUGCAUUCCUUCCACCAAAGCCGGCAACACUACAGCACCCUCCAUAAGGUGGUGGAGGACGGUCUGGACCUUAGUCCUGAGGACGAUGAGACCACAAUGGUACUCGUGGGUACUGCCCACAAUGUGUAGCUCAUCCACCAUUGCUGACUCAUGGUGUCCAAAUUACACUCAUUCUGACAUCUUCCUACUGCUUAACAACAACCUCUGUAUCUCAGUGUUUUCUCACAUUUAGCAUUUCUUUAUAAGCCAAUAACACAAAAGAAAGCAACUUGCUAGCUCCCAAGUGCAGACAGUGUCAUCAUGUGCUCAAACGGAUGCUGGGAAAGUGGCAAGCACAGUGACAAAGGUGUUCCUGCACUGCUUGGGGCUGGUCUCGGUGACUUUGAGUUCUAAGAUUUUAGGAUUCAACAGUGGACUCAUGCAAGGUCUGCCACUCUAUAUAAAUACUGGUCAUGGCAUCUGGGGUCAGCAGUGGUGACUGGUGAGUGAGCAAGUGACUUUUAAUAGAUGGCUGUACCCAAGGGGACUUGUGGUAUAGUCAGUGGAAAUUCUUGUCCUGUAAAUCUAUCCUAUUGAUUUUCAAGAAGGUUUGAAAUUCAUUCUCUCAGAAUCUGAAGAUAAUCAGUUCUUAAAAAUAAUAUACUGAAAGGAUAUGAUGCAUAAAAUUCAGAGUUUUUCACAUAUUCCCACUGCGCACUGAAAAUAUGCUCCUACAGAUAAUUUUUCCCUCUUUGACCCCUUUCUACAUUAAAAAAAUACACAUACACACACAGAAAUGUACACACACAUAUGUGUACUUAUAUUUAUGACUAUAUUGAUAUAAAGACAAAUAUAUUAAUACUAUAUAUUAAAACAUUUUUUUUCAAUCCAAAAGUUUGGUUAUUUCUUUCAGAUUUUAAAAGAAAUUCAAAAUACUUUUGUGAGCCCCUACAAGUAUUAUGGGCUCUAGGCACAGUGUCUACUGUGCUGAAUGAGUAAGUCAGCCCUGAUAGGAGAUCUGGGGAAAUUGUCCAAAGUGGUGUUGGUUUAAAAAUCUUCUGAAGUUUUAUAUUUAUCAGAAAUAACACUUAUUUUUCAUUUUUCAUUCCACAUUAGUUUAAGUACAUAUGCUGUAUGUGCCAUAUAUAUAAUAUAUAUUUAGAAUUCCCCUUAUACCUCUGAGUGCAACUGAUGUUUAAGGGACAGGCACAGUGUUUUAUAUUGUGAUUCACACUUUAUUUCACUAAGAGUCCUUGUCUCCUAGUAGAGAAUCCUGGGGAUGAAACCUUUUCACCAUGGAACAUUAUCCUAAAUUGGAGAAAGGCCCUUAUUAUGUAUAAAACCUGGAAAAUACCCUUGGGAACUUGGAGGUACAGGAUCUGGUGUGUGUGUAGGUGGGAGAGUGAGAGGUGGGGGUCGUGAGGUUGCAAUAUUAGAAAUAUUAUUUGGGUUUUAAACAUGGUGCAUGAUAAAAGCUUAACCACUGACACUCAAAAGAAAAAAAAGUCUUGAUUUGAGGUGUUUGCCUAUUUCCAUGUGUAAUUUCAAGUUACCAGGUUAUGUCAUUGAAGGCAGAAUUAGGAAAAGAUGCUUACUACAUGCUAUCUUGAGCUGGUAUGAACUUUCAAAGGUUUUACAGUUGGCACUUUUUUUUUUGCAUUUACAUUGAUUUUAGCCAAACCAACUUCAGUGUAUCUUUCGUGCAUCUGAGUUUCACUUUAAUAAACUUAACCAUGGUAAAUUAAA